UAAAAUUUCUCUACUCGAAAAAAAUUACACCACAGAAAUUGAUAAUGAAGAUUUUACUGAUAACACUGCUGUGUCUUAUCCCAUAUACCUUGGGAAUCACUCUUCCCCGUGAAAAUGGUCUAAAUAGUCGCAUUAUAGGCGGAUUUGACGCUAAUAUACGAGCAUAUCCCUUCGUUGUUGCUGUUAAUGUUCAAACAUCCCUCAGCAGAUUUUUCUGUGGAGGAACCCUAUAUGGGUCAGAAUGGGUAAUUACAGCCGGUCAGUGCGUCGAUGGGGCUACUUUGUUUACUGUAAGUUUAGGGUCUGCUACCUUAAACGACGAUGAUCCAAAUCGGGUGACUGUAGCUACGUCUACGUAUUAUUUACACCCGGAGUAUAAUCCACAAACUCUGGAAAAUGACAUUGGGAUUAUACAGUUUCGGAUACCCAUUACCCACACGGAUUAUAUAAAGUCCGUUAAUUUUCUACCAAGUGAGAACAUAGCACUAGGUAUCCAAUAUUAUGCAUUCGGGUGGGGUCAAAUUAGUGACAGUGACUCAUCUCUUUCGAACAAACUGAAAGUAGCAUAUAUUGGUUCUAUAACAAAUGAAGAAUGUAGACUAUACUAUGGUAGUCAAAUUACAGACAAUAUGGUGUGUAUUGUGGGAAAUUACAAUGAAGGAAUUUGUCAUGGUGACACUGGAGGUCCUCUGAUAACAACAUUAAGAACAGGAACUACGGUACUUAUUGGUGUUGCCAGCUUUAUGAGUUCAAAUGGGUGUGAAAGCACAGAUCCUUCAGGCUUUACUAGAACAUAUCCAUACGUCGAUUGGAUAGCAAACGUUACAAAUAUAUACACAAACACAAGUGCUGUAAAUUUUUAAAUGAAUAGUCAUAUCAAAUGAAAUAAAAAUUAAAAACAAAAACAA